GCUGUCCUUGGCUCCUUGCAAAAGCUGCACCGAAACCAACAAUGCCGUGCAUGCGGGCUUACCUGCCCUGUAGUCCAUUCCAAGCUAAUCCAGCAAACAACCUUACUCCGCACUUACAUCCAAAUCGUUUACAUAAUUAAGCCCUUAGCACAGCGUGGAAACAGUUAAGGCGAUGUCUAAUGACAAGGAUAUGCCAAGCUCAGGUGUUAGCCCGAGCGUGCUAGCCGCAGCCGAAGAGUUCGUACGUAAAGAGCUUGCAGCUUCGGACGCGUCCCAUGAUUAUGCCCACAUCCAGCGAGUUCGCGCCAACGCCCGAAACCUAGCCCAACUUGAAGGCCUUAGUCCCGAAGCCACCGCGCUGGUCGAUCUCGCAGCGCUGUUGCACGAUGUUCGCGACUGGAAGUACAGCGGUAGCGAUGGAGCCACGGCAGAGGCUGUGCAGGGCUUCUUAACUGCCCAUGACGUGGACUCGGAUACCAUUGACCGGGUGUUGGACAUUAUCUCCCGAGUUGGAUUUAAGGAGGAGCUUGGAGCUGGAGGUGCGGGCGGAGGUGCCCCGGGGCUAUCACUGGAGGCGGCCAUCGUGCAGGACGCUGACAGGCUUGACGCGAUCGGCGCCAUCGGCAUCGCGCGCUGCUUCACCUUUGGCGGCGCCAAGCACCGUGUGCUGUAUGACCCUGCCGUACCGCCGCGUGACGGACUCAGCAAGGAGCAGUACAUGAGCGGCGGCGCUCAGUCAACCACCAUCAACCACUUUUACGAGAAGCUGCUGAAGCUAAAGGGCCUAAUGAAGACGGCUGCGGGCGCUCAGAUCGCGGAGCAGCGGCAUGUCUUCAUGGAGCAAUACCUGCAGCAGUUCAAGGAUGAGUGGGAGGGCAGGAAGUGAGGCGAGUGGGAGGGCAGGAAGAGAGGCGUCAUGCUAGGUAGGAGUGUGCGUGAGCGAAUUUGUGAACGGGCGAACGGUGGUCCAGGCAAGAACGCAUGCGUGCGACAAAACCUGAAGCGUACGCAGCAAACGUAGGGCAGCAGGAGAGGCGUAGCAGAUUGCAGGUACGUGUGUUAAGAUAACCGGCCGCGUGUGUAUGUGUAAUGCAGUGACUAGCUGCUGCUGUGCUGGGUGCGUACUGCCGGUUAUGGCACUAUGGUGCUCGGUACGGCACACCACAGCAUCAGGAAUGUACCUUAAACGUGUAGGUUGUGCUUAGGUAACAUCCGCGUGCAUGAAGGCAGGUGCUCAUCUCUCGGGCGGAGAGCGUGGGGUGGCAGGAUGCUGUAUUCUUCCGUGCUGAUGUACGGCUCUGCUGAGGUGUCAGCUGUCAGGCCCUACUGUGGCUGGACUGAAAGUCCCCGUUUGCGAGUCAGCAGCGGUUUAGGAAUGGCCGAGCCCGGAAGCAAUAUAUAUACGCUGGUACUCAAUCCGCCUUCGGACGUGUUUGAUGGCUGUAGGAAUCGAUGCUUCUAGCUAGUAAGCUAAGGCGUUGACCCAAGGUCACCCAAGCAAGUUCUUUCACGUAGCUGACUACGGGACUGAAAAGGGCACACCUCAUUAGACGCUUCUGCCGUUACAUUUGGGCCCGUUCAAAUGGUCUCAAGGAGUACGGCUGCAAAUGCGGAAUGCGCCAAACGAAGAGUCUCAAUCUACAGGCAUACGCCACCCAAAAUAGAUUCGUUCAUGGUUGCAACUCCCCAUGCUACCGGUACCGUACAAUGUGGGAAGCGCAGGAAGCCUAUCCCUCUGCAGCACAACCCAAAGCAGCAUUCCGACAUACCCCAAAGCGUUGGUUUGCCAGCCUCUGUCAUGAAUAAGUACGUCCCGGUUCCGUUCCGUUCAA